GCACACCGAUCCCUCCAAUCCCACUACCUCUCAAUUCCGCGCUUUAACAACAGAAAGAAAUCCACACAUUUCCCUUUCAAUGGCACGAACCAAGCAAACAGCGCGCAAGUCCACCGGCGGCAAGGCUCCUCGGAAGCAGCUCGCCACAAAAGCCGCUAGAAAGUCCGCUCCGGCAACCGGCGGAGUAAAAAAGCCGCACCGUUUUAGGCCCGGCACGGUGGCGCUGAGGGAGAUCCGAAAGUACCAGAAGAGCACGGAGCUUCUGAUCCGGAAGCUCCCGUUCCAGCGGCUGGUGCGCGAGAUCGCACAGGAUUUCAAAACCGAUUUGCGGUUUCAGAGUAGCGCUGUUUCCGCGCUUCAGGAAGCGGCGGAGGCUUAUUUGGUUGGGUUGUUUGAGGAUACUAAUCUUUGUGCCAUUCACGCAAAGCGCGUCACCAUCAUGCCUAAGGAUAUUCAACUUGCAAGGAGGAUCAGGGGCGAGAGGGCUUGAGGUUUUAAAAUGUUUCGUCACCGCUAGGAUACGUUAAAAUAGGAUCUGGUUCAUGUAGUUUGGGGUUUUGGUGUAUUUAGUCUAUCGUGAGGGUUGGGAUUGUUAGUAUGAAGAUGUGGAGUUAAAGAUAUCUGGCUUAUUAGUAGUUUAGUGAUUACUUUGAAUUUGCUGAUUGGGUUAAUGAAUUGAAAGGUUGAUUGCAAUGAAUUUUGGCUUCAUCUAAUUCUUCUUC